AUGGCCAUCGCACUCGGCGACGUGGCACGCGUCACUGCUGCGCUCGCCGAUGGCGCCGACGUCAACGCGCGCAACGAGGCCGACGCGACGCCGCUGGACGUGGCGUGCGGUGAGAACCGUCUUGAUAUUGUCACGUGCUUGUUGUUGCAUCCGACCAUCGACGUGGCCAAGGCGUCGCCAACGCUCUUGUGGACGCUGUGCAGACGCAGCGCACGGGGUUUGGUCACGCAGCUGCUCGACCAUCCCACGACAGAUCCCAUGGCGUUGCUACCGGGCCCGUCGAACGUGCUCAUUUCGCUUUGCGAAAUCUUUGGUGCGGCGGAGAUACUCGUACCCUUUCUACACCACCCGCGGGUCGACUGGAACGUGUCGGUCGGCCAUAAGACACCGCUCCAGUGCGCUGUGCACGAGCGGUACUGGCACAAGGUUGAAGUGCUGCUGCAGGACCCGCGCGUCCAAGUGAAUGGCUUGCUG